AUCAGAUCACCGACCAUUCAUUCCCAUCUCCUCCUCCGAUUCGAAACCCUAGCUCGUCUCUCUCUGUGCUAGAUUCCAUGGCGACGGCGGGUAGUAGGAAGGGCGGGAGGGGCCGGAAGGCGCUGACGGCGGUGCUGGACAACGACGCUAACAUCUCCGCCGGGAAGGCCGACGUGGCCGCUGCCGCCGGGAUCCUGUCGCCGCCGCAGAAGGCGAAGAGGGCGACGUCGAAGAGCAGCAAGGGGAAGGCCGCGGCUGCGGCGGCGGCGGAGGAACAGGCGUCGGUGGUGGACGCGGUGUCGGAGCUGCAGGGGAUGCUGGAGGAGCUGCGGCUGGAGAAGGAGAAGGCGGAGGAGAUGGUGCGGGAGCGGGACGAGGUCAUCCGCAGGAAGGAGGAGGAGCAGGGUCGCCUCCAGGCCGAGCUCAAGAAGGUCCAGCGCGCCAAGGAGUUCAAGCCCACCGUGAGCAUUCCUCUCGUGAAGGCAUUGAUCGAGAAAGACCAGGAAGGAGAGAAGAAGAAGGGCAAGGGCAAGGCCGGCCAUGAGAGGAAGAAGCCCUGCCCGGCGUACGUCCUCUGGUGCAAGGACCAGUGGAACGAGAUCAAGAAGGAGAGCCCGGACGCCGACUUCAAGGAGGUCUCCAACGCUCUGGGAGCCAAGUGGAAGGCGCUGGGCGCGGAGGAGAAGCAGCCGUACGAGGAGAGGUACAGGCAGGAGAAGGAGGCGUACCUGCAGGUGGUCGGGCAGGAGAAGCGCGAGGCCGAGGCGAUGAAGCUGCUCGAGGAGGAGCAGAUGCAGAGGACCGCCAAGGAGCUGCUCGAGCAGUAUCUCAAGUUCCGGCAGGAGGCCGACGACGACGGCGACGGUGGUGACAACAAGAAGGCGAGCAAGAAAGGGAAGAAGAAGAAGAAGGAGAAGGACCCCUCAAAGCCGAAGCAGCCCAUGUCCGCCUACUUCGUCUACACCCAGCAGCGCCGCGCGGCGCUCGUCGCCGAGAAGAAGAACGUCCCCGAGAUCGGCAGGAUCACCGGCGAGGAGUGGAAGGCGAUGUCCGAGGCGGAGAAGGCGCCGUUCGAGGCGGCGGCGCGGAAGCAGAGGGAGGAGUACCAGGUGGAGAUGGCGGCGUACCGGCAGAGGAAGCAGGAGGAGGCGGCGUGCCAGGAGAAAGAGGAGGAGGAGCAGAAGAAGAUCAUGAAGCAGGAGGCGCUCCAGCUGCUCAAGAAGAAGGAGAAGACGGACAACAUCAUCAAGAAGACCAAGGAGGAGCAGAGGAAGAAGAAGGUGGGCGGCGCCGCCGCUGCCGCCGACCCGAACCGGCCCAAGAAGCCGGCGUCGUCGUUCCUGCUGUUCAGCAAGGAGGCGAGGCGGCAGCUGGCGGAGGAGCGCCCCGGCGUGGCGAGCUCCACGCUGACCGCGCUCGUGUCGGUGAAGUGGAAGGAGCUCGGGGAGGCGGAGAAGCAGGCGUGGAACGGCAAGGCCGCGGAGGCCAUGGCGGCGUACAAGAGGGACAUGGAGGAGUACACCAAGGCGGCGGCCAGCGGCGGCGGCGGCGGCGACGCCUCCCCCUGUACGUCCUCCUCGGCCUCGUCCUAGUCGCCAUGGAUGGCGAUGGUGGUGGUGGUCCUAACGCUGACGAGGAUUCUCUUCUCUGAAUCCAAUGGAGAAAACAGUAGCUUUGGUGAUUGGUGCGAAGUUAUCUGUUGCGUUUGGUCUGGUUUAGGCGUAACAUUUCGUAUGGAUUGGGGUAUUCUGCUUCAAUUUUAUAACUCAGCAAGCUUGAGAAAUUUCAGCUUAUUUUCAUACAUUCUCGUAUCAAAAUUCGUUUU